AUGGCGCUGCCCGGUGGUGUACUCAUGAGGCUUAGAGCUCUGUGUAAUUUGCCAAAAUGUUUUCAAACAGGAGGCAGAACGCCGUCCAACUGGGGCAGAGAACUGCGGUGGUACAGUACAACAGCCCGAGUGUUUCAGGACGACGGGACAUCAUCGGCAGAGACUAAACGAGAUGACGUGAGUCCGAACCUCUUGAGGGAGUUUCCAGAUCCUAAAGGUCUCCUGAAUAACACCAUCGCCCGUUCACUGGGAGUCAACGACCUGUCCCAUCUCAUCCAGUAUAGCUGCACGGAAAAUGCAGGAAUCAAGAAAGCCACAGUUACCCUGCUGUGGCCCUGCAGGAUUGAAGAGGAGGGUUUUGCCUCCAAGAAGGUCGACGCCGAACGAUUUGCUGCAGCGGCUGCUUGUUUCAAGCUCAAAGAAAUGGGUGUCAUUGGUCCAAAUAAUCAGCUCCCUGGGAAGAAAUCUGGCAAAAGAGGACGAGGGUUACAAUCACAACUACAUAACGAGGAGGAAGACUUACGGACAACAGAUUUGUUUGUGCCUACAACUAAAGCGGUGGCAAAAAAUAAUUGGCCUUCCGAAGAAACUCCCGACAUCUCUGAAGCUCUUUCCAUCUUUCCACAACCUAAAAGCGUCCUCGCCAGGGUUAUCCAGUUGGCCACGUCAUCCAACAGAAUAAGCGAAAAUAUGCAGUUCAGAACAACAGGAGGGAAGCUUAAGACAUGCGACCUGACGCUGCGCUGGCCAGAGGAAAUGAAGUUCUCCGCCACAGCAAACAGACGAGUGAAAGCAGAAAGGAUGGCUGCAGCACUCGCCUGCAUGAAAUUGAAGGAGCUGGAACUGAUCGAUAAAAACAACAGCCCGCUGACUCAUGCAAAGUACAAUCGAGAGAAGGUGAAGAAGGCUGGAGAGCGGGACAGACGCCCCCAUCCCAUCGAAGUCCCCGAAUACCUGGAGGAGCACAUGAAGAAGUACUUUGCAGAGUACCCAGUGGAAUCAGAAGUGCAGAAGCUUUGGGAGGAGGAAGAAGCUGGACGAGAGCAGAUGCUGAGCCAUGAGGAGGAAGGGGAGGAGUUCUUGACAGACGCCAUCACAGGCAGGCCGUACAGACAUCUGUCUGAAGACACGGUCAGGCAGCUCAACACCCGCCUGCAGAGGGACUGGGAGAGGGUAAACCCUGAACUGAUUGCGGCGCUCCCAGUCGAUGCCCACCGUGAGAAGGUGAUCUCAGCAGUGCGCUCGUCCAGGGUCGUUGUGAUUGACGGAGAAACAGGAUGCGGGAAAACGACACGGAUCCCUCGCUUCCUGCUGGAGGAUUGUGUCAGGGGUGGUGAGGGAGCGAAUUGCAACAUCAUUGUGACCCAGCCUCGCAGAAUCAGCGCUGUGUCCGUGGCCCAACGUGUUGCUCAAGAGAUGGGUCCAGCUCUGAAAAACUCUGUGGGAUACCAGGUGAGACUCGAGAGUCGGCCACCAGAGCAGAGCGGAGGAGCGUUACUCUUCCUCACAGUGGGGGUCCUGCUGAGGAAGCUGCAGUCCAACUCGUCCCUGAAGGGAAUCAGCCACGUGGUGGUGGAUGAGGUUCACGAGAGGGACAUCAACACGGACCUGCUGCUGGCUCUGCUGCGCUCGACCUUAGAGGACAACCCUGACCUACGCGUGGUGCUUAUGAGCGCUACUGGGGACAAGCAGAGACUGUCCGAUUACUUCGGGGGCUGCCCAAUCGUUAAAGUUCCUGGAUUCAUGCAUCCAGUGAAGGACAGAUACCUAGAAGAUGUGCUAAAGGAGAUGAGAAUCCCACCGCCAUUCCAAAAGAGAACAGAGACAGACAAGCAGGGGGGAAGAGAGGAAGUCGCACCGAAUGUAGAUUUAAUAGCUGAUGUUAUCGAGCACAUCGACAAACAUGGACAGCCAGGUGCAGUGUUGUGUUUCCUCCCCGGGUGGCAGGACAUCAAGGCUGUUCAAGAGAAACUGGAGCAGAAGCGCCACUUUUCCUCAGGCUCACAGAUGAUCUUGCCAUUGCACUCUAGUUUAUCAGUAGCGGACCAGCAGGCAGUGUUCCGGCGCCCCCCAGAGGGCAAGAGGAAGAUCGUCCUCACCACUAACAUCGCUGAGACCUCAAUCACCAUCGAUGACAUCGUCCAUGUGGUGGAUACAGGAACUCACAAAGAACAGAACUAUGACUCAAAGACCAAGGUCUCCUGUCUGGACACAGUUUGGAUAUCUCAUUCCAACGUCACUCAGAGAAAGGGGAGAGCAGGGCGAUGUCAGCCAGGACAGUCGUACCAUCUGUUCCCACGGCAGCAGCUCGAAUCCAUGACUCCCUUCCCCAUCCCUGAGAUCCUGCGCACCCCGCUGGAGAAUUUAGUUCUUCAAGCUAAAAUCCACAGUCCUGACUGCAAGGCUGUAGAUUUCUUAUCCAAAGUGUUGGACAGUCCAGAGCAAGCAGCUGUGAGAGAUGCUGUCCGAAAUCUACAAGACAUUGGCGUUCUGGACAAGACAGAAACCCUGACUCCUUUAGGGGAGCGUGUUUCCUGCAUGUCGUGUGACCCUCGUCUGGGCAAAGUGCUGGUCCUGAGUGCCAUGUUCAGAUGUGUCCUGCCCAUGCUGUCUGUAGCUGCCUGCCUGACCAGAGACCCUUUUUACAACAGCAUGCAGAACAGAGCUCGUGUUGUCAAGGUGAAAGAGGCUCUGAACAAAUCCAGCUACAGCGACUAUCUGGUGUUAAUCCGAGCUGUGUUGGGCUGGAGGAGACUUCAGCAUGAAGGGGACAGAGAGGACCGGGAUGAAUAUCUGGACAGACAUUCUCUGUCCAGGUUCAGUCUUCGAUUUAUCAACGGUCUCAUCUCUCAGUUCGGAGAGAACCUUCAUGAAGCCCAGCUGGUUACUCGUGCAGAGGAAUGCCAGCGUCAAACUUCACUCUACAACCAGAACAGCAACCAGGACGAGCUGCUUAAAGCUGUGCUGCUGGCCGGACUCUAUCCCAACCUCAUUCAGAUGAAGAAAGGUGUUGUGACCAAAGGAGGGCGCUUUCGCCCAAACAGUAUGGUUUUCCGCACACAAAGUGGGCCGGUACAUCUUCACCGCUCCUCAGUGAACAGGGGGAAAGAUGAGCUCCCUAGUCGCUGGUUGACCUUCUUCAGUGCUAUCCAGUCAAACGGGACCGUCUUCAUCAGAGACUCUUCUACAGUCCACCCCCUCGCCUUGCUGCUGCUCACAGACUGCGAUAUCACAGAAACAGUUAACGGAGACAGAGUGGAGGUCUCAUUUCCUGGACGCUCUCUGGUGCGCUGCGAGUUGCCUGUUGACACCUGGGAGCUGCUGUGGCAGCUACGCACCGCCAUUCAGACCAUGAUGUUCCGCAACCUCAACAACCCAAGCAACGCAAUCAUCAACUCUUCCCAAGACGGAAAGCUCAUCUCCUUACUCGUAGAGCUGCUCAACAAUACAGACUCAACAACUUCCGCUCAGUCCAACCACAGUGACAGUGAGGUGGAUUGAUGACAUCCAGGACAUUCAACGCGACUGUGGAAAAAUCUGCUGGCUGGUACAGAGGAAGCAAAGAGGACAGUGGUAUCUUGUGAAUGUUUUUUAUUAGAAGAAAGUUAUUUGGACUCUUGGACAGCUGAGCCCCACAGUGGGCUGCGUUAUACUGCUGGUAUUGUUGAGGUAAAUGAUGAACCUCCAUGUGGUGUGAGGAAAUCCAUUGGUUUAGAUUUUGGACUGUGUUCAAUUAUUUGUGGAUAUUUGCUAUCUGGAAAUCAGAAAUUGAAUUUGACCUGGACAAAGGUCAUUAAAACAAUAAUUAAUGUCAUAUUUAUUGCAAAAGAAAUGCUCAAAUGCCGACAUGUGGUGAAUGAUCAGACCAUCUUUGUUGUUUGAACUGCAUAUAGAUAAGAAAAUAAAACAAUUAUAAUUCCUGA